CUUGGGGUGUGUGUGUUUUGUUUUUUGAAUGUUUAGCGGAAGGGAUUUUAUACGAAAUGGCGGAACACUCCGGAUUUGACUGCAUAAGAGUCCGUGGCUGAUGGAUAUGUUUGCUGCAGUAUUCUGCUGGAUCCACUCCUGAUAUUAAAGAUGCCGGGAUCAAAGAAGUUGCGGCCUGAUAGGCUAGAUUCGACCGAUAUGGGGGAAAAGGAGAGCCAUAAAAAGGGUCCUACCCGGAGAACGAUAGACAUUUUGAUGAAGGAACUGGACAGGUCGGAGGUCCCCCGGGAGUUAGGUGAACCCAACAGGAAAUGUAUUACGGACUCGUGGCAGGAAGACUUUUGGAGGAAGUGUAACAGUGACUCAGAAAAGAGAAUUCGUUCUGGGAAUGUAAAGAAUUUGACCAAUCGGCCUUCCACCAAUGCCAGACUACCUGUUGAUGCCAAAAUAGGUAAAGGAAGAGAGAAUUUGCUAAUGAAAGCGGCGGCAUCAUUGAAACUAUCUAAUCUGUUCUACAGUGCAAAUCGUUAUACUUUGCCUUCAUUACAACCUGUUGUGAUGGUAGAUAAAUUACAUAAUGAAUCUACAGAGUUACCAGCUGUCAGUGGUACUACCGUAGCUACAUCCCAACCCCGUGAGAGGAGAAAAUUUUUUGUAACUGAACCAAAGUGGCCGACUCGCAGCAGCGGUUUAAAUGGGAGAGUCAAUGGAGUAUGCAACGGGAGGUAUUUGCCUAGCUCACCUCGUAUUAAAUUUGGAGGUAAGAAAGAUGCCAGAUUGCUGGGGAGAGGAAAUGGAUCUCAUGCUCUGAACAGCAAUCCAUUGGCUACAUCUACACCAGCAGAGAGAAGAAAUGUUUUUGUAGCUGAUCGGAACGGUCAUACUAUACAAUAUGAAGAAAUGAAAGGUGCCGCUUUGCAGGAGAAAGGAAGUGGGUCCGAGGAAACUGUAGUUGGUGAAUCUAGGUUGUCCAGUAGUGGAAGACGUGGCUCGAAACAAGUGGCUGACUGCAGUGCGGAGCUAGAUGAAAAAAGAGCCGAGCUGUCAACGCCCAUCCAAGUGAAUGGAGUACACGAAGGGAGCAGCAUUUGGAAAGAAACCUUGCCCUCGAGGAAAACUGGACCGGGUGGCUGUGCAAAGAGAAAGACUUCUCCCAUUAAAGACAACAGCAUCGUUAAAGUCAGGAGGACAGAUGAACGCUCAGAAGAAUAUGAAAGAGGUACGCGAAGUUGUGUACGUGGUUUGUUUGAAGAUGAGUCAGAAGGAUGCGAAAAAAUACUCGCGGAUGUAAAUGAACUGCAACGUUCUCAGAAUGGUGCUAUUGUUAAUCAGUCUGGUCCAACCAGGGAGGCUGUACAGUGUGAGCAACAGAGUUCUGUUUACAGUAAUAGGAAAUGUGUAACAUCUGCACUAGAAGUUGGCGUUAGCGGUCAUUUGUUUGGGAAUGUAGCGAAUAGUGACUGUGAUUCUUCCACUGCAGACUGUAACACAGUAGAGAGCACAGGAGAGUUAAAUGUACCAGGUUGUGAAAAUAAAACGAGUAGUGACGAUUGUCAGAGCUCUUCAUAUGCCGUGUCUUCCUCUUUGCAACCAGUGGUUCUGCUCAGAAAGUUAACCUGCGACGAGAUCAGACAUUAUACCUCGGAAAGGCUCACACCGCGAGAGGAAACUUCCCAGAAGUGUGUUGAACAAUCUGGAAGCAUAGAUAAUUUGGAGAUAUCAAGUGAACCGUCUCUGCUUUCCUUUAAGAACAGAAUGUUUUCUGGUGGCUGCACGAAAGGCUACAGGAAGUCGUAUGGUAAGAAAAGCAAGUUUUUCAAAAGUGAUGCGGCAUCACUUGGAGACCAAGGUAAUGGGAAAUCAUGUGAGCAAGAAAGUCCAGAAUCUGAAACUGAAGAAAGACUGUUCAGGGCAAUAUGGCCAAAGCCUGCAACAGAGUUGCGCCUCCCGGAUGUGGAGCGAAACAGUGUGGCCAACAGCCUACGGAAUUACAGUUGUAAUGGUGUGAGAGAAAAUGCAUUGGACAAAAUUGUUGAAUGCACUGAUGCAGAGAACUUUGUCUCCAAACGCGGGAACGAUAAAGUGCCCCCAAAUUCUGGUUUCAGCAAUGGAGAAGUUGUAGGACCAGAUAUCUCUUCAGCCGAAGCAGUUCCGCCAUUUAAAAUGUCAGCCUCUGAUAACAGGAAGUGUUGCAGAAAUGAAAUGUGCCGAGUUGCCACUCCAGAACUGAUAGGGCUGGAAAAUCCAAUGACUUCCAACAGAUGCUGGAUGAACGUUACCUUGCAGACUCUGUUUUCCAUGGAAAAUUUCAUGCAGAGCAUGAUACAAGCAUUUGAGAAUGUGAAUGUGGAGAACAAUUCACUGAUCUCAUGCAUACUAACGGUACACUAUGCGAGGUCUCUUGGGCAUCAAGAGUGUGUCUACGAACAAGCAAGGAAACUUGCAGAAGUGCUUGGCACAUUGAAUAGUGACUACAAUGUAAAUGACCAGCAGGAUCCUUCAGAAUUCAUUCUCUGGCUGUUCAAUGCAUUUGAGCCAGCACUGGAGAAAUAUGGGCCCAGCUGGGCAUCUGGUUUGAUAACUGAGAAUUUCAGAUUUGAAAUGGAGGAGAGGACCUGUUGUAUGGGUUGUCUGAAUUAUGAUGUAAAAAUCAGCUCUUUCCUGAUUUUAAUGCUCGAUAUCUCUGUUGGGACAUCAAAAAUACGGUCCAUUAUCGAAGCGUUAGAUGCGUAUGCUUCCACCAAAACGAUCAAGAGGACUUGCUCUCAUUGUGGAGAAGAUAAAUCACUUGUGAAGACAGCAUUUAAAUCAGUUCCAAGGUACUUAAUAAUAAAUUUGAAGAGGUAUUCUGUGAAGGACGGAGAGGUGAUACGUGAUGAAACUCCAGUCAGACAUACCAGCACACUCUCUCUGGGAAAAUAUUCAGUUCCUAACAGCAUGAUUUCUAAGAGUGCAGUUCCUAACAGUGAGACUAAUUGCUCGAAGGCUAGGAGAAGUGAAGCAGUUGCCAGUCCUCCAAAACUUAACAUCGGUAGAAAGAGUCUCAGAAGAGGUGUAGGAGACUACAAUUUGAUAUCUAUUAUUCACCAUUCAGGUUUUUCUGUUUCCAGUGGUCAUUAUGUUUGUGAUGUGUACCAUAGGACAACAGGCAAAUGGUAUUCAUAUAAUGAUAAAAUGGUUAAAGAAAUGUAUGAAACGACAUUAUUUAGUGCAAAGAGACAGAAGACAGGAUAUAUUUAUGUGUAUCAAAAUAAAAAUUGUUGAUUGAUGAAAUGAUAAGCAACUGGAUAUUUAAGAAGAAUGAACUCUGUUUAUACCGAUCAGCAAAGGGAGUCUCUUCAUUGUGUGUUUUUAUCGUUUUUGUUACCAUUGCUACAGUUCUGUUUUGUCACUGUUUUCUGAUCAGUUACCAUUAUAAGUCAUUUUUGAAAUGUUAGGUACUUAGACAUUGUUCCCUUCAGUACUUAAUUUAUUUUAAGUUUAUUUUCUCUGUUAUAUUUGUUGAAUGUGGAUGCUCAAGAUAUGUGCAACCAUUACACACAUUCAUCUCUUUUAUUUCUUUUUUAAAAAUAAUUUAUUGUGUGAGUAUCAAAUUUUGUGUCUGCUUUUGUAAAUUUUUAUAUGACUAUUAUGUAGAUAUAGAUGUAGAUGUGAUGUGUCAGAAACUACGCUUUUUGUAAAUUUUUAUGUGAUUAUUGUGUGUGACUUAUGUGCUGUAUCAGAACCUGUGAGUUACGUAAAUUUUUAUGUGAUUAUUGUGUGCUGUAUCAGAACCUGUAUACAGUUUUUUCCAUAAUGGAAUUUACUUUUAGAACUUACUGUUCUGACAUUUAAAAUACUUUUGUGUUUAUUAUUACAUGUAAUAAACUGUACAAAGAAAUGAUCUGUGAAU